AUGGUUGUUAGAUCAUUAGAUAUAGAGAAAGAUCCGUUCAUGCCUCGAGAAAGGGAUGAAAAUUUGGCCGGUGCUGAAGUACCAUUUCUCGGUGCAAAUGGAGCACUAAUGGGAUCAACUACAAGAAAAUCAAUAACCAACGAUGAUGCAAACAUGUAUCUGAAAGAAAUAAAUGAGGCAUUUAAAAAUGAGAAGUAUAAGUAUAAUGAAUAUCUAAGGGCCAUGAAGGAUUUUCAGAUAAAGAGAAUUGAUAUAGAGGGAUUGAUGGCUAGAGUGGAGAAAUUAUUCAAUGGCCACAAGGAAUUGUUAUUGAAAUUUAAUAACUUUUUACCAGAUGGAUUUGAAAUUAAAACUCCAUCGAAGAAGCCAAAUAUUCCAAUAGUGAAAAAAGAAGAUGUUCAAAAAUAUUUGGAAAAGGUGAAGAUUCGAUUUUCACGUCAACCUAUUGUUUAUGAUAUGUUUCUAGACAUAAUAAAUAUGUAUAAAAACAAAUAUAAGAGCCUUGAGGAGAUUUAUGAAAUGGUUAUUUCACUUUUUGAAGACCACCCAGAUCUUAUCGAUGAAUUUACUGAAUUUCUUCUAUAA